AUGGUGAGAGCCGAGGCUACCUCUCCGUCUAAGGGGUCGGGUGUGCCUUGCUUCCAGUUCAUCUCCCGUCGUUGGUCCGCUGUUGCCGAUUCUGCCCUUGGGAGGAUGUUGGUGGUGAAACUAUUGGCCGACACUUACGUCGGAAAGGCAAUAUCGAACCUCUUCUCGCUAAGUCACAUGUUGUUAUCGAGAUUGCUGAUGGCCGCGUGUGUGGCUGCUAGUGUGGAGAGGGGAAAACAGGCGGUGCUAGUGUUGUUCUCUGGUAGCGGCUCCGGCCCAUCCGAAUCGGGCGUUGUGGUUCGGUCUACUGACGCCAUGCACGCUUCCAUUAGGGCUUUCGUUGAGAUAGACUUUGCAUCUUAUCUUUGGCUGGGUGAUCUUGGUCUUGCUGAUCUCCGCCAAUUGUGUCCUGAGGAGGAGGACGCUAUUCCAGACGACGGCGUUAAGGGCGGCAUGUGA